UUUCACCCAACCAAAAUGGCUGAUCGUCCACAACCACACCAAAUACAAGUCCACCCCCAACGUCGCUACGACGACGUCGGUGCCAAGGGACGAGCAGGGCCUUCAGCCUCCACAAUCCUCGCCAUUGUGACCCUCGUCCCUCUUGGCGGCUCACUACUUGGACUCGCUGGUUUGACGCUGGCAGUCACACUAGUUGGCCUGGCUGUGUUCAUCCCGGUUUUCAUCAUCUUCAGCCCCAUUCUGGUGCCAGCAAUCUUAACCAUUGGUAUGGCUGUCCUCGCCUUCUUGACCUCUGGGGCAUUUGGACUGACGGCUCUCUCUUCGCUCACAUGGGCUUUCAACUACCUACGCCGGGCAGCCGGGUUCAUGCCUGAUCAGAUCGACCAAGCAAAGAGACGCAUGCAGGAUAUGGCUGGUUAUGUGGGGCAGAAGACGAAGGACCUAGGGCAGGAGAUACAAAGCAGGACCCAGGAACAAGGGAGGAAGACAUGAAUCUAGACAGGGAAAAUGGCUGAGUUAUGGUUGAGUCCUGUAGGCAAGUCAAUGUCGGAAUUGUAGGUCUCAAGUGUUUCUUUCGAGUAUUCCUAGGAUAGUUCACUUUUGAGCUACUUCUAGAAUGCUACCGUUGGUUUGCAUUUCUACUAGUUCCAGUGUACUGCUUGCUUCUCUAUCUGUUAUUACUUACUAGACAUGCAUUGGUCGUUAAA